CAGUCGUCAAAUUCGCCGUCCGCCGUGUGUGUGUUUUCAAUCGUGUUUGCAUUCUUCAUCCGCAAUUAAAAAAAAAAUAAAAAAGAAAAAUAAUUAAUUUUUUAAAUUCAACAAAAAAAAAAAAACCACACACUUUUAAGAAAAAACCAUGGCGUCCGAUAUUGAAAUCGUAAAUAUCUCAAAUUUUGAAAAAAUACAAAACUUCCUCAACGACUCCGCAUACAAAGAAAUACUCGAGAACAGCGAAAACUUCAACACACGCCUCUGCAUUGAACGGCGCCUCCGGAUGCCAUUUCUCGAUCCACAAACGGGCGUUGCACAAACCCAUUGUGCUUUGUUUAUGAAACAAAAACAACGAAUGCCCGGAUUCCGCGAUGGCCAAAUCUAUACGUAUCCGUCGGCGCGAUGGCGUAAACCAAAACGUCAAUACCUGCUUCAUCAUCAGAGUUACAAGGCCUACCAGUUUAGGGAAAGCCAAACGCAUAACCAUCAUCAUUAUCAUUCAACAACACAACAGCAGCAGCAGCAAUCGCAACAACAGUCUUCAUCUCAGCAGCAGCAAUCACAACAGCAAAUUCAAUCGUCAUCCGAUAAUACAGCAACAGUUAUACAACCUGAUGGCAAUUCCCUUGGAGCCACCGCUGAUAACGAUAGCAAAGAUAGUCAUCCAAAUCCAGAAAAAGAAUGGUUCUACGAAGAUAUGGAACUUUCUCACGUCGAAGAAUUCGAAGAGGAUUUCGACUCAGAUGCAGAUUUUGAUGAUUCAUACAGCAAUCGUAAAAGAAAACGUGCCAAGCCCGCAAAGAAGCCUCCAGCAAAUCCAGAUGCCACUCCAAAAAGAGGCAGAAAAGGUGGUCGUCGAAAGGUUAACACAGAUGGUGAGCCAAAAAAACGCUCCAAUGCAAUUGCCGCCAGUGCAUCAUUCAAUACGAACUCUUGCGCUUCUCCACUUAACAGCCUAGACGAUCAACCUCUGUCUAUGCUAACAUCUGCUGACAAAUUGCCCUCCGAAGAAGCAGAAUCAAGUCCGAAAAAGGGCAGCACGGGCACUGGCGCUGGCGCAGUUGGUGCUAGUAAAAUGAGAACUGAACGCGACACGACCGCACAUCCUUCGCCAUACUGCGACUUUUGUCUUGGUGACGCACGUGAAAACAAAAAGACAAACCUGCCCGAAGAACUUGUUUCGUGCUCCGAUUGUGGUCGUUCUGGUCAUCCGACCUGCCUUCAAUUCACACCUAAUAUGAUCAUCUCCGUGAAACGCUACCGAUGGCAGUGCAUAGAAUGCAAAUACUGUUCCAUAUGUGGCACAUCAGACAACGACGAUCAAUUGCUCUUCUGUGACGAUUGCGACAGAGGUUAUCACAUGUAUUGUCUUUCGCCACCACUGAUAACACCCCCCGAAGGCUCAUGGAGCUGUAAGCUUUGUCUGGACGAGUUCCACAGUGGCGAGAAGUAAAUUCCCCAAACUUCGUUGCAUCCACUUAUUAGUUUUUUUUUUGUUUAAUUAUUUUUUUUUUUUAUUUUUGUUUAUAUGUAAGGUACUUGUAGUAUAAAGUAUAAAGUGUAUGUAUAGUGUAUGUGCGCAUAUUGCGUAAAUUUUUUUUUUUAAUUGUUUUAAGUUCAAACCCAUUUUUUUACAAUGUAUUAAUAUUAUCUUUAAAGCAUGUUUAAUUUUAAGAUAUAAACCAUAAGAUUAAGACAAAAAAAUAACUAGAAAAGAUAACAAAAAGGCAGCGCGUUAAACAAGAACGCUUUCAUUAGACUAUAAAAAUUUUAUCCAAAAAAAAAUAAAAGAAAAAAUAAAACAAGCGAGUCAAAAUUCUUCAAAUAACAAACUAAAUAAAAUAUACUCUGUGUGCAUUAAAAAUAAGAAAAAAACAAAAAACAUCUGAUAUAAACUGAUAAUAAAGUUCGUGUAGCCUGAAUUCAGUAUUUCAACAGUAUUAAAGAGAUUUUUAUUUUAAUAA